AUGGGUGUAGAUUGGCAGGGCGUCAAUCCGGUACCAAUCUCCUUCAAGCCAAUCAGCGAGCCUUCCAUCGGUCACAACAGUUACGAGGGUUUCAACCCCGGUCGACAAGAUCUUCUCAAGAAAGGGCACUGUAAAAAGCAGUGGGAUGAUCAGGAUGGCAAGAAGCUAGAGUCUGACAUUCUCCGCGACAACGAUGUUGAAAUUGCUAUGCGCGAUGGAACCAAGCUGUAUGCCGACAUUUACCGCCCUGCCGAUGCAAAAGGAAAGAUUCCGUGUAUCGUAGCUUAUGGGCCGUAUGGCAAGAAGUACAAUAUGGCCGGUAUUGCUGUUCAUUUGCCAUGGAAGCUCGGUCUCAGGCCAGACGACACCUCCGGAUACGAGACUUUCGAGAGCGUGGAUCCCAAGGAUUUCUGCGCGUGGGGAUAUGCUGUCGCCAAUGUAGAUUCUCGAGGAACAGGUCAUUCGGAAGGAUACAUCUGCAUCAUGGGUGAGCAAGAGGCGCAAGACGGAUAUGAUGUCGUCGAAUUCCUGGGCCAUCAAGACUGGUGCAACGGCAACGUCGGUAUGGCCGGCAACUCCCACUUGGCCAUCACGCAGUACUUCAUCGCAGCCAAGAACCCUCCGUGCUUGAAAGCCAUUGCGCCAUGGGAAGGAUGCUCGGAUCUGGGCCGUGAGCAGUUUACCAGAGGUGGCAUCUUCUCCAUCUCUAACAACAACUUCAUCACCAAAUUCACUGUGCGAGGCACAAACGGAUACGAAGAUUUCGAGGAGAUGUACUCGCGAUACCCUCUUUCAUCAGCAUACUGGGAAGACAAGCGUGCGGCCCUGGAGAAGAUCAAGUGUGCAGCUUUCAUCACCGGUACAGACUUCGCCGCAAUGCACACGAUGGGAUCUAUUCGAGCCUACAUGCAGAUCGACAGCGAAAACAAAUGGAUCAAGUGGAACGCAACGCAGGAGUGGUUUGAUCUAUGGGCGGUAGAGGAAUCCCGACUUGAAUUGCGCAAUUUCUUUGAUCGCUACCUGAAAGAGGAGAAGAAUGAUUGGGAGCAAACUCCGAAGGUCAGAUGGUCUGUACUACAGUAUGGCGACAAACCUCCGAUCGAAAACAUCACCCUGCCCGAUUUCCCUCAUCCUGAAACAAAGUAUACCACCUACUACCUCGGCGACAAGACCCUCUCGCCUUCGCCUGUGAACGCCGAGUCUACACACUCGUACGACUCAGAGGGUAGCGAGCGCAUCAAGUUCGAAACCACAUUUGACAGGCCCACCACACUUCUCGGUCCUCCCAAGAUCUACCUCAACAUGUCCUGCAAUGAACACGACGACAUGAAUGUGUACGUCCAGCUGCGCAAGCUUGACAAGAACGGACACCCACUGGUUCACGUACAGAUCCCGAAGGAGCGAUGGCAGAUUGAUUCCACCUACGAUCUUUCCGAAGGACAGACCGGCAACGGUGCACUAUACUUCAAAGGCAAUGUCGGUAUGUUGCGAGCUUCACAUCGCAAGAUCGAUCACAGCAAGACACUUCACGACCACAUCCCUUUCCACCCUCACGACGAAGAACAACGUAUCCCCAAGGGUGAGGUUGUCGAGCUGGAGAUUGGUAUUUGGUCAGGCGCCACUCAUUUCGAAGCUGGAGAAACGCUCUCAGUGCAGGUUUUCGGCUACAUCUCGCUCAACCCUGAACUCGAGAAGUUCAACCGACCGAGACCGGCCGAGCAGCAGAAUCAUGGCAAACACCACGUUCAUGUUGGUGGAAAGUACGAGAGUAGCAGGAUAAUUCUACCUAUUGUCGAGUUGGGACUUUAG